GCUGGGGCCGGGUACGUCAGUCAGACUGUGACGUGCAGUCUUCCUGUUUCCUUCAGCUGUGUCUUAAAGUAAAUCUUGUUGUGGAGCGGAGCCCUCAGCUGAGGGAGCGCUCUGAAAUCAUACACCAUUGCAGCCGGGGAAGCGCCGCGGCGCAAAAGAGCUCUCGCCGGGCCGCCCGCUCCCGCCCCGCGCGGCCCCUCUCCGCCGCGGCUCUCGCCUCCGCGGCGCUCUCUCCGCUCCUCCCUGCUCUCCUCUGCCUCCUCUUCUUCCCUCUCUUCCCCUCUGCUCUCCUCUCCUGCCCCCUCCCACCCUUCCCUCCGUCCCCGCUCCGUCGCCCCGCUCGCCCCGCUCGCCCCGCUCGCCCCGCUCGCGCACACUCACCGGCCCGGGUCCAAUUAUCACAUCCAUCCCCCGCGAGACACCGCCGCGUGUGUGCGCGCGCGUGUGCUCCUCUCCCUGCCGGCGAAACCGCGCUCGGUCCCCCUGCCCUCUGCACCGCGAGAAAAUGGUGUUAUUUGAAUGAAGCGUCAUAAAAUAGGCUCUAAACAGUUUCUAAGCAGGAGCCUCCGUGGAACUCAGCGCUCCGCUCCUCCCAGUUCCUAAGAGUGAUAUUAAAGAGAAAAGGAUUUGCCCACAAAAAGAAAAAAAGAGUCCCGGGAUUCUUGAGCUGUGCCCAGCUGACGAGCUUUUGAAGAUGGCACAGUAGCUGUCCAGUGAUGCCUGACCAUGACAGCACAGCCCUCUUAAGCCGGCAGACCAAGAGGAGAAGAGUUGACAUUGGAGUGAAAAGGACGGUAGGGACAGCAUCUGCAUUUUUUGCUAAGGCAAGAGCGACGUUUUUUAGUGCCAUGAAUCCCCAAGGUUCUGAGCAGGAUGUUGAAUAUUCCGUGGUUCAGCAUGCAGAUGGGGAAAAGUCAAAUGUACUCCGCAAGCUGCUGAAGAGGGCGAACUCGUAUGAAGAUGCCAUGAUGCCUUUUCCAGGAGCAACCAUAAUUUCCCAGCUGUUGAAAAAUAACAUGAACAAAAAUGGUGGCACGGAGCCCAGUUUCCAAGCCAGCGGUCUCUCUAGUACAGGCUCCGAAGUACAUCAGGAGGAUAUAUGCAGCAACUCUUCAAGAGACAGCCCCCCAGAGUGUCUUUCCCCGUUCGGCAGGCCUACCAUGAGCCAGUUCGACAUGGAUCGCUUAUGUGAUGAGCACCUGAGAGCAAAGCGGGCCCGGGUUGAGAACAUCAUUCGGGGGAUGAGCCAUUCCCCCAGCGUGGCAUUAAGGGGCAAUGAAAAUGAAAGAGAGAUGGCCCCGCAGUCUGUGAGUCCCCGAGAAAGUUACAGAGAAAACAAACGCAAGCAGAAGCUGCCCCAGCAGCAGCAACAGAGUUUCCAGCAGCUGGUUUCAGCCCGAAAAGAACAGAAGCGAGAGGAGCGCCGACAGCUGAAGCAGCAGCUGGAGGACAUGCAGAAACAGCUGCGCCAGCUGCAGGAGAAGUUCUACCAAAUCUAUGACAGCACCGACUCUGAAAAUGAUGAAGAUGGGAACCUGUCUGAAGACAGCAUGCGCUCGGAGAUCCUGGACGCCAGGGCCCAGGACUCCGUGGGGCGGUCAGACACCGAGAUGUGCGAGCUGGACCCGGGACAGUUCAUCGACCGAGCCCGCGCCCUGAUCAGGGAGCAGGAGCUGGCGGAGAACAAGCCGAAACGUGAAGGCAACAACAAAGAGAGAGAUCACGGGCCAAACUCCUUACAACCAGAAGGCAAACAUUUGGCCGAGACCUUGAAGCAGGAACUGAACACUGCCAUGUCGCAAGUUGUGGACACUGUGGUCAAAGUCUUUGCAGCCAAACCCUCCCGCCAGGUUCCUCAGGUCUUCCCGCCUCUCCAGAUCCCCCAGGCCAGGUUCGCCGUCAACGGGGAGAACCACAAUUUCCACACCGCCAACCAACGCCUGCAGUGUUUCGGCGACGUCAUCAUUCCGAACCCUCUGGACACCUUUGGCAACGUGCAGAUGCCCAGUUCCACAGACCAGACGGAAGCACUGCCCCUGGUGGUCCGCAAAAACUCCUCCGACCAGGCCACCACUGGCCCCCCGGCCGGCGGCCACCACCAGCCCCUGCACCAGUCGCCUCUCUCCGCCACCGCUGGCUUCACCACGUCCACCUUCCGCCACCCCUUCCCCCUUCCCCUGAUGGCCUACCCAUUUCAGAGUCCAUUAGGUGCUCCCUCCGGCUCCUUCUCGGGAAAAGACAGAGCCUCUCCCGAAUCCUUAGACUUAACUAGGGAGACCACGAGUCUGAGGACCAAGAUGUCAUCCCACCACCUGAGCCACCAUCCUUGUUCACCAGCACACCCGCCCAGCACCGCAGAAGGGCUCUCCCUGUCGCUCAUCAAGUCCGAGUGUGGCGAUCUUCAAGACAUGUCCGAAAUCUCACCGUAUUCGGGAAGUGCAAUGCAGGAAGGAUUGUCACCCAAUCACUUGAAAAAAGCAAAGCUCAUGUUCUUUUAUACCCGUUAUCCCAGCUCAAAUAUGCUGAAGACCUACUUCUCCGAUGUGAAGUUCAACAGAUGCAUUACCUCUCAGCUCAUCAAGUGGUUUAGCAAUUUCCGUGAGUUUUACUACAUUCAGAUGGAGAAGUACGCGCGUCAAGCCAUCAACGAUGGAGUCACCAGUACGGAAGAGCUGUCUAUAACCAGAGACUGUGAGCUCUACAGGGCUCUGAACAUGCACUACAAUAAAGCAAAUGACUUUGAGCAGGUUCCAGAAAGAUUCCUGGAAGUUGCGCAGAUCACAUUACGAGAGUUUUUCAAUGCCAUUAUCGCAGGCAAAGAUGUUGAUCCUUCCUGGAAGAAGGCCAUAUACAAGGUCAUCUGCAAGCUGGAUAGUGAAGUCCCUGAGAUUUUCAAAUCCCCGAACUGCCUACAAGAGCUGCUUCAUGAGUAGAAAUUUCAACAACUCUUUUCGAAUGUAUGAAUAGUAGCAGUCCCCUUUGGAUGUCUAAGUUGUACGUGUCUAGAUUUUGAUUUCCUAUGGAUGUGGAUGGGAGGCAUGGGUAUGUUCUGGAAUCAGCUGAUAGUUCCUCCUCGUCAUCUUGCGCUCAUUUUCUUUUGUUUUCCGUUGCAAGGGGAUGGUUAUUUUCCUUUGGUCUUUAGCUUACUUUUGCCCGAGGCCCUUAACAUUUGGAGACUUUAAAAUAGGGUUAAUUUUCAGGGAAAAAGAACGUUGACGUGUGGAAAUUCUCUAGUCGCAAGGAAAGGCAUUUCAAAGAUGCUUCUGCUUGAUCGAUAGUUUAUCGCAAAUGACAGUUGGCAGAGGGAGACCCGUGACACGGCACUGCCCCACCGACGGUGACGUGUGUCUCCUGCUUUUACUGCUAACGAGGCCAGAAAACUCAAUGAAACCACUACGUAAACUUAAAUAUUUUGUUCGGUUGGAACUCCGUAAGUUGUAUUCCUUGUUUACCCCAAAAGGCCAAAUUCCAAAACCAAAAAUAGUCACGGUCAAGCCUUUCCAUAAGAGAAACGGCGAGUAGGCCCACACGGGUGUACCCGUUUCUUCCGGGGGCAAAGCAAUUCUUCACAAAACUGACUCUUUCGAGAUGAAGCUGGAAAUUCACACCCGAUCUUCCGGUUACAUCGCUCUUAAGAGUUACAAUCGGGUCUUCGUAAUCAGUGAGUAUAGAUCAUUUUUGAUAGAGAAACACCCCUUUCACAUCAUUUUCUAUUAUCUCACUUCAGAUAUUAAAAGGCACAUACGUUUCAAAUGGACUCUUAAUUUGGUUUAUAUGGUUCAACGAGUUAUUAUGUCUGUUUUAUAUUUAACACUUGUUUCCAAAAGAAAAAAAAAAGCAACAACAACAACAACAACACUAUGUUCUGAAUAUAUUUCUCUAGUAAGGAAUAAAGGACAUCCCAAGUUGACCAUAAAAUUCCUGCCUACAUUAGACUCUUGUUGACAGUGGUGAGCUGACUUGAUCUUCACCACCAAAGAGGAGCCCACGUCAGGAUGACCUCUUUUUUCAUACGCGAACCCACACUGCCCUGAUGGAUAUCCCAAGUGGUGAUGGUCUAAUGAAGUGUUUCUUCGUUUUAGGGACAGCAUUUUAAAGCAAUUGAGAAAGUCUCUUCGAAUUCAGAAGCUAGUACUGACCAAAUCGUGCGAAGCGUGUGUAGGCAGCAUAGGAAAGGUUGGGGUUAACCCAAAAGACGCAAUUUCAGCACACCUAAGGAUGCCGGCUGCUGGUGUGCGCUUUCUUCAAUGGUUCUCCUCUUCUUCCUUUUUUCUCUUUUUCCAGGUUUUCCGAGGUGUACAGUGUCCCAUACUUGCUUUUAAAAAAGUCCUACAGCAUUCACGCUUGUUUUCCCAGAUGGGUUUUUGUGCAGAUGCAGUAAGAAUUCCUUGUUCAUUGUAAUAGGCUUUUCCAGACACCCCCCUCCCUCCCCUUAGGGCAUUGGACUUACGCUUAAAAUGACACAGGAACAAACCUGGUAUUUAGAUUAUACUGAACACAAAUACCAUUUUCCCUUAAUUUUCAUAAAAGUUACAUUUGACUCUGGAGAAUGCAGGUUGACCCAUGUGACUAACUAGCUGACCCAAUCGCUGUAAUUUACCAUCAUUUAUAAAUUCUGCUGAUGGACAGGAAUGUAUGGAGGCAAUUACUGUCAGCACAAAGCCUUAAAACCUGCUGACUUUAAAUUAAACAGCACAGUCCUGUGAUGCCCAGCAUCAUUCAGGAGGCUAACGGGCCCUCGCAGUGUGCAGCGACACGGGCUGGAACACCACGGGCUUCUCUCUGCACCCCCAACCAAUGCAUCAUCCAGCUCAUGCUCCCCUACGUAGCACACACCAAGCCAGCAGAUCCAAUUUGCUCCGGUUUGCUUGGGGAAAAAAAUAAAAAAAUGUUUGGAUAAUCAUUGCAUUGGAAUAAAAAGCAAACCAAAAAAAAAAAAAAAAAAAUCCAAUCAGCACAAAGUAGGGAAGCAAUUUCAACUUGUGGUCACACUCUUUUGUCUUGUUUCACGUGAAAGAGUAGGAAUUCAUUGUUCAUGUCCUAAAACCACUGGGUCUUCGCUGUUCCGUGUAAUUGACAUCAACAUCAUGUUGCCAUUUACAAGGUAGAAGGCAAAACCGUAGUGUAUUCACCUAUGUAGACAGACUGCUAGCAUCUUCUGAUCUGGGGCAAAUUCAGUAAUGAUCCCAGGCUCAUUUGGAUCUUUAGCAUUAUUUUCCCCUGCCUUUCUAAUUUAAGUAGACGGAUUCAGCAAAAGUGUGUGUUCACAACCAACGUUGAUGUGCUUAUCUAUGAUAAUAGCCGUUCGAGGUUCACUGAGGCAUAGAAAUGGUUUCAGAGUAGAAAUUGCAUGAGGUUAAACUCACCUCUUUGUUCGAUCACUUUUGCUUUUGGGUGGUUUUUCCCCUUUUUACGAUCACAAAUCUUGUGCCUCCCAGUGCAUUGGAAAGUGACAAAAGCCUGUCUCUCAAAACUCCUACUUAACGAUUCUGGGUUUGGUUUGGUUUGGUUUGGUUUUUUAAUCAUCAUCUUUCUAAUCUCAGCUCAACUCUCACCAAGUGAAAAUUGGCUACUUGGGAGAAAGUUAACUUUCUAUGAAGUUGGGAGGGACAGUUUACAUAGGAAAAAAGAAGUCUAAAGUGCAUGUUGAAAUACCACAUUACCACUUAUUUUCUGCUAACCCUAAAUUAUUUUUGCAUAUACACUUGAGGUGAUAGUCUGUGCCUAGACCUAAAAUGCACCAGCGGGGGGAUUUUUAAAAAUCCUUCAAAAUACCAGUUUUUUCCCACAAGUACAAUUGUUCUUGUGCCUUCUGUGGCUUUCGAUUUCAUCUUUUUGACUUUAUUUCCAAUUACUACAGCUGCAAUAAACACUAGAUCUUUUUUUUUUCUGGCUGUUUGACAUAACGUUGAUAGCUAUGCAUAUUUUGUGUCUUUUUAAAACAAAGCGGGAGAAUACGUUUUUGAAGAAGAGAAUUUUUAGAACAGUUUGAUACCGCAAAUUAUUUUUUCUUCAAUUGUUUGAGCAGCAUUCGAGUUUUGAAAAUUCUUGUAGAAGCCAAUUUUUUGUAACUGUGGUGCAAAUCUUGUGUUUUCUUAGCCUAAUGAAAAGUAGUAUAGAAGCAAUAUUUCAUACCAUGUGCUGUAUAUGUGUGUGCAGGUGUGUGAACAUGAGGACACAUACACACAUAUACACACAUGUAAAAAUAUACAUAUAUAUAUGCGUGUGAAGUGGAAAGCUUACCUUUUCCUAUCUAGAUUUAAGGACCUAUUUUAGACAUUUGUUAUGUUUUGUGAAAAGAAUGUUCUAUUUGCAACAACAAAACAUUUAAUUCUUACUGUAUCUCUGGCUGUUUAAUGAGGACGUUUCACAUUAAAUGGUAAAACAACGUGGAAGAUGGUAGAAUGUAGUAAUUAUUUAAGGAAAUGUUCACCCACAUAUUCCUGAAGUUUGCUUUGUGCCUCCGAGUAUUAUUUAAUUCAAGUGUUUUAUGUUUGCAGAAUCUUUGUUGCUGUGCUAGGGAUGUGGGUGAAUAUCAUUUUUAAAAAUGUUAAAAACAACAAAAAAAAGCAAAAUAAAAACACUAAAGCAAGAGGGGAACUUUUAUAAAGCAAUGUAAAUAUUUAACCUCAUGGCUGUUGUUACGUAAGACAUGAGAUUUUAAUAAAUAACUACAUUCUCACAACAUCUGUUGAAUUUAUUAGGAACACUACAGUGACUGUAUAGACAGUUGAAAGCAUUCUUGAAAAUCCUGCUCUCUACUUUUAAAAGAUAACAGUCUCUUUCAUCAGAUGUCAAGGGCAAGGGUAAUGCAGUUUCUGUAAAUUUAUGAAAUUUCUUUUCUAUGUACAUGAAAACACUUGGCAAGUAACCACCACACACACACACACACACACUCACACACACAUGCACGUACACAAACAGGUUAAUACUAAGUCAUAGAGCUGAAGAUCUGGGGGCUUUAAAAACAGGAUGUCCCUCAGAAGCAAUCAUACAUUUAUCAAAGAAAACGUGGUUUACUGACUCCCUGAAAGCCGUGUACAUGUGAGGACAGAGCAAAAUCUCUUUGCCCUGUAUAUUAUAGAAUAUUCAUUGGUGUGAAUAGUACAAAUGUUUCCUUCUGGUACAAACUCUGUGUUUGCAAAUUACAAGAAGCAUUGUUUUGAAAAAGCUCCCCUUAAAAGAAUGUAACUGGUUUAUAUGAGUAAGCGGUUACUGCAUUGCACUUAAAUGUUCUGUUGAAGGAAAUGCAGUUUUGUUUUCUGUAGAUCUGUUGGUUGUAAACCAUCUAUAAAACUAAAGCUAAAACGUUCAUAUUCAGAGCUGGGAUCAAAACUCGUAUUCAACCUUUGCAUCUUCUCAUAAUCAUCCUUCUAAGAAUAUAGCAGGAUCUGGAAGCGUCUGGACUUUUGAGUCUUUUAACUGAGCCCUCUCUCAAAUCUGACACCCUCUAAAAUGCGCAAACGAGCAGAAAAGGCGAACAGACUGGCCCGCUUUUGUGAAAAGGUAUUCAUUCUGUGUUUUAAAAAUAUUCUAAUCCUCCACGUGGGGAGGGGGGAAACAUUUUCAAAUUGUAUAUUACCACUUCAAGGAUAGAAUUAGAAAAACAUGCAUUUGGGGUUGGUCUCAGCACUACCUACAAGAAUCAAAGGUCAUGGCUUCUCCCGAUGUUGUCCCAGCCACUUCUUAUAUGUAUAUAGUAUAAACCGUGAAAAAACACUGCCUUUAUAUUAUUUAGCAAUAUGUUGUAAAUAGCAUUAUUAAGCUCUUUUUUUGUAAUAAAGACCCUUUGAUUUGAAUAUAGUACAAUAACUGAACUGAUAAAGUCAAUUUUUGAUUUUUUUUUUUUUAGCUAGAGGCAAUUUCAAUUGUGGAUUUUUGUUGUUGUCUAUUGUUCUGAAGACUUUGCAUAAUUUAUUGGUUUAAUUUAUCCUAAUUUAUUUGAUGAAGGUGUACAAUUUUGUAUUACCAAGGAUGUACUGUAAUAUUAAUUGAUAUGAUUUAAAAAAUGAGACUCCCUGUCCAUAUUAAAAAGAAAAUAAAAAGGUGCAGUAGACAAUUGAUUUUAAAGUAAAAGUACAAAAAUUUAGUUUGGCAGCUACUAAAUUUUAAAACAGAAAAAGUUGUGGGGGUGGGGUGGGUAGGGGGUUUUACUUUGUGUGUUUUAAGCUUUUGUAUACUCUCCAAACUUUUACCUUUUGCUUUGUACCACUUAAAGGAUACAGUAGUCCAAUUGCCUUGUGUGCCUUCCAUCUUCUCUUAAACUGAAUGUAUGUGCAGUAUAUAUGCAAGCUUGUGCAAAAUAAAAUAUACAUUACAAGCUCA